CUGGAAAGAACAAGAAGAAGCUGCACCCUUCCUGGGUCUCCAGUUAGUUGAGCUUGACGACAACGAUUGCGGCACAAGCCGGGCCGGACGGGAUUGAAAAGCCGCUACAACAACACAACAUCGUAGAUCCGUUAUUUUGUCGGAAAUAAAAUUUGCAGCAUUAAGGUUGCUUUCCUUUGCAGCGAUCAGUAGUAUGUCUGUAGUUUUAGAAAAGAUACUCGACUAUCAUGAAGCAUAACUUUGUCCGAUAUGGUUAUUCCCGGAAUGAAGAAGACAGAAACAAAAUUGCCAUAUACUCCGAGCAAGGAUUCGCAACAUAUUUAUUUCAACAGAAUGGGGUUUUUUAGACAUCAUCAAUUUGCGUGUGAUCUCAACAUUCAUAUUCAUUAUAUUGCGGUACAAUAUCCCGGAGCGUGUCAAGAUGCAGCGAUCGAAGACUAUUGCCGAAUCUGGAGAAAUUAUGCUCUGCGCUUUCCUCAAUCUAGCACUGAAUUAAAGAAAUGCGCAGCCAACUAUCCGCAAAUAAAUAUUGCUGAAGCUAGAAGUAGGGACAGCGUUGUGCAGAUACAAACUCUAAAGGGACGCUCAUAUUGGUGUUCGUGA